CACCCCUGGGAACGAGGAGACCCCGCCCUAGCUCAGAGCAGGGUCCGGCUGCGCGACCUUGGGCCGACCGCCGCCUCGGGCCGUGCUGUGGAGCUUUGAGUGAAACCUGGCCAGGUGUCUGCUCCCGCCUUGGGCCCCCCUCCCCAGCCCCGCUCAGUUGGUGUUUCCUGAUACUCUCAGGGUUGGGACCCUGGCGGUCUUGGUGGGAGGGUCCUGAUUGUGAGCCAGGGGCGCCACCUUCCCCAGAAGUGACAAGUCCUGCUGGAGCCGCCUUGGUAGAUCCUGUCCCCUCGGGGAACUGUGGGAGAACUGAGGCCUAGAAGGACAGAACUGGCCGAGAGCACAGAGCAAUCGGAGGGCCCCUUCCCCUGUCCUCCUCUGCUUAGCGUUUCGUCUUGCUAGUCUUCACCCUCUGGUUCCUUCUGCCCCAAGGUGGUCCGAGUUCCUUUGGGGCGGAAACCACGACUGACAUUCAGUGCGUGGGCCACAGUCUGCUUUUCUAAGUGGGGGAGGGGAAAAGUAGUGAUUCCUGCUCUGCUUAAGGCUUAGAGUUGAUGAGAAAGAGAAAGUAAACUUUAAAGCUAGUAAACUCUAAAAUGAGGCGCCAACGUGUGCGACCCCACCCUAAGCCAUCAGUGGGACCAUGGUGUCACACCUAAGGAGUGGUGUCUUUUGUGAUUGCAGCAAGGAGUGGGGUCUGAUGCUGUCCUGGGAUUGGCAUCCCUACUCCUCCAACUCCGGGAUCUUAGACCAGGUGCUUGCCUUUCCUGAGCCCCUGUGGAAUAAUGGCUCCCGUUCCUAGGGAGCCUUCUAUGGGCAGGCGUGUUAAGUUGUUUACAUGCAAUGCCUCAUUAAUCCUUGUAACAACCCGGUCAAGUAGGUUACCAUCGUUAUUUGCACUUUUGCAGAUGAGCAGAUGGAGGCUGAGGGGUUAAGUAUUCAGGGCCAGUGAGCGCCAUCCUUCCUUGGCGACAGCUGCCAACUGAAGCCAGGCCAGGGCCUUCCAGGCAGACCCUAGCUCUCAGGGGAUUUUGUGCAGCUGCCGGUGCCCAUCAUCCAGCAGCUCUACCACUGGGACUGCGGCCUGGCCUGCUCCAGGAUGGUGCUGCGGUACCUGGGCCAGCUGGACGACAGUGAGUUCGAGAGUGCCCUGCAGGAGCUGCGGCUGACCAGGAGCAUUUGGACCAUCGACCUGGCCUACCUGAUGCGCCACUUUGGCGUGAGGCACCGCUUCUGUACCCAGACCCUGGGCGUUGACAAAGGCUACAAAAACCAGUCCUUCUACAGAAAGCACUUUGACACAGAGGAGACCCGGGUAAACCAGCUGUUUGCACAAGCCAAGGCCUGCAAGGUGCUGGUGGAGAAAUGCACAGGCCGCAAACCAGACUGCCACAUGACAAGGGCCUGGGCUGGGGUUGAGCCAGGCCACGUAGUGCUAACGCCGCCAUUCCUGAGGAGAUUGCUAAGGAAGGAGGGCCUAAGUGGUGCCGUGAGUGUGCAGGACAUCCAGGAGCACCUGGCCCAGGGCCACGUGGCCAUUGUGCUGGUGAACUCAGGGGUGCUGCACUGUGACCUCUGCUCCAGCCCCGUCAAGUACUGCUGCUUUGCCCCCAGUGGCCACCACUGCUUCUGCCGCACCCCUGACUACCAGGGUCACUUCAUCGUGCUGCGUGGCUACAACCGGGCCACCAGCUGCAUCUUCUACAACAACCCAGCCUACGCAGACCCAGGAAUGUGCAGCACCAGCAUCAGUAACUUCGAGGAGGCCAGAACCAGCUACGGCACAGAUGAGGACAUCCUCUUUGUCUACUUGGACAGCUGACAGCAGGAGCCUGGUGUCCCCAGGCCCUCAGACCCCACCCUGCCCCGACCCUGCUGGGCCCACUCAGGUGUCCCUGGCCCAGGCUCCCGCCACUGGGGCCCAGAUGCGGAACUGCAGCCUUGGCCUAUGGGACAAAGCCCCAGGGGACCCUAGGAGGCUGCGGCGCACCUGCUCUGUCCACCAGUGCUGCUUGUGUCGUCAGGCCACUUACCCUGGGCACCUGCUGGUUGCUGGAAGCAUCCCCGGAGUGUCUGAGCAGAGCCUCCCCCAGGACCCUGAGCCUGACUCCAACUGUGCCCAGGGGACGUCCCGCCCCACAGGUGCCCUUGUUGCCUAAGAGCCAGGGUUGGGGGAGAAGUCUGAGCCUGUCUCCCGACAGACCUGGACUGAGCCCUGGAGAGAGACGCCACUUGUCAGGACAGCAUCAGCGUGUUUGUAUCUGACCCCAGCCCUGGGGCUGUGGACUGCUCCAGGCCUCGCUGGGAACUGCCCUCACCAUCUCCCCUGGAAGUGCUGCAGACCCCCUCUGCCCUUUGGUGCCACCACCCCCUCUUGCCUCGCACUGGACCCGCGUUCCUGUGGCUGGUUGUGAGGCCUCCAGGCCCUAGGGAGGGCUGGACCUCAGGCAGAAAGGACUCUGAGGUCCGCCACGGCCCUCCAGGUACUCCAGCUGUGUAGGGUGGAGGGUCCUCAGGGGAAUAGGUGGGGCCCUGGCUCCUGCUGUCUGGCAGUGCUGAGUGUGCUCCAAGAAUGUCUGAUCCCAAGGGCCGGGAACAGCUUCCUGGGCCCCAAAGAUCCCCUCACCCACAAGGCCUCCUAACUCUAGCCUAAGUCCCGACAGUGGGGCCCGAUCUCCGAGUGUAGGAGCCCCAGGUCUCAUGGGGCUGAGCAUUCUGGGGCACUGAGGCCUGCGCUCCUGAAGCAAUGGCACGGGCGGCCUGUGGCCCCCCACCCACCCUGGUGUUCACGCCCGGACCUUUUGCACAGAAUGAUGGGUCUCUUCCAUCUUGACAGAGGAGGGAGCUGCCCGCCCAGGAUCACAUAGCAUGGCACGUAACAUGGACUAGAGCUGUUUCUUUUCUUCUUUCUUUUUUUUGGGGGGCGGGGGCAGGGGUGUUUGAUUUUUUUUUUUUUUUUUUUUUAGAUUUAAGUUUUCACUUUUGGGAAGUGAGAAUCACCCUCACGUAAGACAAUAAUAGUGACAUUGCAGGUACUUUGGAACCACAGACACCUCUCUUUACAGGGUAGGUAAGCCAGCCCAAGUUCUCUUACAAAGAGAAGGGGAACUCACGGCCGCUGGGAUGAGUGCCUGGGCCCCUCACCUUCCAGACAGAAUCCACCCGGUCUGGGGAGAACUCUUGAACCCAGGUCUGCACCUAAAAAAUGAGGGAAAUGGACCAUUCCCAAAGGGGCUGGGAUUCCCACCCCUCAUGGGCUGCCUCUGGCAAAGGGCAGGAUGCCCCAACAGCCACACCGCCCCUGCACUCCUGUGUCUUGGUCUUCCAGUGCCCAAGGCAUGAUGCAGUGGCGGCAGCUGCCCCUCACCCAAGCUGCAAACCACGCUCAGCCUCUGUCCCGACCUGCCGGCUCAGCCCUCCCCACCGUGGCUGCUCUGAGGAGCAGAGGAGGGCUCUGCUUACAAGGGCUGUCAGACCACCAGUCAUAUUGCUCCUCAACGCCAGGCACAACCUUUGGCCAAGAGGGAGGCGCUGUGAGCUGGGCAGCCCCCCAGUUUCAGAGACUAGUGUUGCCUUUAGACUGGUCUCAUCUCUGUUGCCUUAAUGCUAGGUAGCCCAAGACCCCAGGGAGCUCUGGUUCUAUGCUCAGGAGUACCACACAUGGCAGCUGUGGGGUCUGGGCAUCGUCAGGAGGGGUCUGGACAAAAUCCUGGUGAGAAUAGAUGUAUCAAGGAAAACAAUGAGAGGAAGUGUAGCUUUCAGGCUGGCUGAAUGUGAGCGAGGCACAGUGCACAUGCUGAUGGGGCUGUCAUGGAGAACUGCCUCCACCAAGAGUGGUCACAGCACCUCGGUCCACCAUGUAACAUGUAGAAACGCUCAGUCCCUGGGCUCAGAUGGUGGCUUCUCAGGACAAGCCACAAUUAGAUGUCACCUGUCUGGAAGCUGAACAAGAAAGCUGCCUGCCAGCGAGAUGGUGCCAUCUGCCUGGGGAUGGUCAUGGAGGCAGAACACAAACCACACUAUGUUGUGUCCUUGCACAAGUCAUGAAAAUGGGGCCGGAGAAGGAGCCUGGAUGUCAGGAACUUCUGCCCACAGCAUGUGGCACCUGCGACCCCCUGUCCACAUGCUGGGGGACCAGUGCAGCCCCCAAAACCACACUGGACAGCUGGCUUUGUUCACUCUAGCCACAUGGGGACAAAAGGGAUCUUUUGCACUGCAGAGAUUUUAUACAUAAAUAUAUUUUGUUUGUAAUGAGCCAUUCUCAAUAAACAUUCUCACUG